AUUCACGUCAGGAAAAAGACGGCGCUUGGUGCAGGUUUCCAAACUGACCUGUGAUGAACUUGGACUCUGUAUUUUGCUGCCUGUCAGACUCUGUAGGACCCAGCGGAAAACUGCUCCAACCGGAGGGAGACGGAGCAAGGGAGAGGGAGAAAGCUGAGUGGAGAGAAGACGUUCCCAGAUCAGUCAGUGGCUUCAUGGAGUUAUGUACCUCUGAUCCGCCGCCAUGGAUUGCAAUUCGCGAUCACUCCUCUUCAUUUUACUUCUUUUACUGUCCAGCGUUAUUCCUGCGUUCCCCAUCAUCUACCCCCCUAAUGAAGUCAACCUGUUAGACUCUAAAGCAAGUCAAGGGGAGUUGGGAUGGAUUUCCUACCCAUCGCAUGGGUGGAGGGAAAAUUGGGAGGAGAUCAGUGGGGUGGAUGAGCACUACACUCCCAUCAGGACCUUCCAGGUCUGCAAUGUGAUGGAGUACAGCCAGAACAACUGGCUUCGCACCAACUGGAUCUCUCGCCAGUCAGCGCAGAAGAUCUACGUGGAGCUGAAGUUCACCCUGAGGGACUGCAACUCCAUUCCACUGGUCCUGGGCACCUGCAAAGAGACCUUCAACCUCCUCUAUCUGGAGACAGAUGAUGACCAGGGCAGCCACUUCAGAGAGCAUCAGUUCUCUAAGAUCGACACCAUCGCAGCUGAUGAGAGCUUUACCCAAACGGACCUGGGAGAUCGCAUCCUCAAGCUCAAUACUGAGGUCCGUGAGGUGGGGGCCAUGACCAAGAAGGGCUUCUAUCUGGCGUUCCAGGACGUGGGUGCCUGUGUAGCUUUAGUGUCAGUGAGGGUUUACUUUAAAAAGUGCCCGUACACUGUGAGGAAUCUGGCCUCCUUCCCUGACACGGUGCCCAUGGACUCCCAGUCACUUGUGGAGGUCAAAGGCUCAUGCGUCAAUCACUCCAAAGAGGAGGAGCCUCCACGAAUGUACUGCAGCACUGAAGGGGAGUGGCUUGUGCCUAUUGGGAAGUGUCUAUGUAACCCAGGAUACGAGGAGAGAAGCAACACCUGCCAAAUGUGCAGGGCAGGCUUCUACAAGUCUACCCUCGGGAACAUGGAGUGUUCAAAGUGUCCGCCUCACAGUUUCUCGCACCAUGAGGGGUCGCUGCACUGUGGCUGUGAAAAAAACUACUUCCGUGCCGAGGGAGACCCCGCCUCCAUGGCCUGUACCCGACCUCCUUCAGCUCCCCGGAAUGUGAUCUCUUCCAUCAACGAGACUUCGGUCAUCCUGGACUGGAGCUGGCCGGAGGACACAGGAGGUCGCAGGGACAUCACCUUCACCGUCCUCUGCAAACGCUGCCGAGGUGUCGCUGCUAACGGCAGCAACAGUGGCAGUCAGCGCUGUGAGCCUUGCCGGAGCAAUGUUCGCUUCCUGCCAAGAGCUGUUGGCCUCCACAACACCACGGUGACGGUGGGAGACCUGCUGGCCCACACCAACUACACAUUUGAGAUCGAAGCACUGAACGGCGUGUCAUCGCUGGCACCCAAGAUGAGGCAGUACGCCGCUGUCACCAUCACCACCAACCAAGCUGCUCCCUCUCCAGUAACAGUGAUCAGAAAGGAGAAGACGUCUCGUAACAGCGUCUCCCUGUCCUGGCAGGAGCCAGAAAGACCCAACGGUAUCAUCCUCGACUAUGAGAUCAAAUACUACGAAAAGGAGGAGCAGGAGACCAGCUACACCAUCCUUCGGGCUCGAGGGUGUAACGUGACCCUGAGCGGUCUGAAGUCCAACACUGCCUACCUGCUUCAGAUCAGAGCACGCACCGCUGCUGGAUAUGGAACCAGCAGCCCCAGUUUUCAGUUUGAGACCAGUCCUGACUCGGCCUUCUCCAUCUCCAGUGAGAGCAGCCAGGUUGUUCUGAUUGCCAUUUCCUCUGCCGUGGCCAUCAUCCUGCUCACUGUGCUGCUCUACAUCCUGAUUGGCAGGUUUUGUUGCCGCAGCAAAUCCAAACAUCCUGAUGAGAAAAGGCUGCACUUUGGCAACGGCCACUUGCGUCUGCCAGGUAUCAGGACCUAUGUGGACCCCCACACGUAUGAAGACCCGAGCCAGGCUGUGCAUGAGUUUGCCAAGGAGCUGGAUGCUUCCUGCAUCGCCAUCGAUAAAGUCGUGGGUGCAGGUGAGUUUGGGGAGGUGUGCAGUGGUCGCCUGAAGCUGCCCAGCAAGAAGGAGAUCUGUGUGGCCAUCAAGACCCUUAAAGGAGGAUACACCGACAAACAGAGGCGGGACUUCCUGGCUGAGGCGUCAAUCAUGGGACAGUUUGACCACCCCAACAUCAUCAGGCUGGAGGGGGUGGUAACACGCAGUAAACCCGUCAUGAUCGUCACAGAAUACAUGGAGAACGGAUCCCUCGACAGCUUCUUACGAAAACAUGAUGCCCAGUUCACAGGAAUCCAGCUGGUUGGAAUGCUGCGUGGCAUCGCCUCGGGCAUGAAGUAUUUGUCAGACAUGGGCUACGUUCACAGAGACCUGGCGGCUCGAAACAUCCUGGUCAACAGCAAUCUGGUGUGUAAAGUGUCAGACUUCGGCCUGUCCCGAGUCCUGGAGGACGACCCGGAGGCUGCUUACACGACCAGGGGAGGUAAGAUCCCCAUCCGGUGGACAGCUCCGGAGGCUAUAGCCUACAGGAAGUUUACAUCAGCCAGUGAUGCUUGGAGUUAUGGGAUUGUGCUCUGGGAAGUGAUGUCCUACGGAGAGCGGCCGUACUGGGAGAUGUCCAAUCAGGACGUAAUAAAAGCUGUAGAUGAGGGUUACCGUCUACCCCCGCCCAUGGACUGUCCUGCCACCCUCUACCAGUUGAUGCUGGACUGCUGGCAGAAAGAGAGGAACAACCGGCCUAAGUUUGAACAGAUAGUCAGCAUCCUGGAUAAACUCAUCCGCAACCCUGGUAGCCUCAAAAUCACGGCCAACACCACAUCCAGACCGGCCAACUUGUUGUUGGACAGGAGCAGUUCAGAAGUUCCCUCGAUGGGGACGGUGGGCGACUGGAUGGACGGAAUGAGGACCUUACCUUGCAAGGAGGCCUUCUCCGGGGUCAGCUACAGCUCCUGUGACACCCUGGCCAAGACUUCCACAGAGGAUCUGAAAAAGGUUGGAGUGACUAUUGUAGGGCCGCAGAAGAAGAUAGUAAGCAGCCUGAAAGCCCUAGAUUCCCACACCAAGAACGGUCCAGUACCUGUUUAAAAAAAACAACAAAAAAAAACAAUGAACCCAACAAAUGAAACCACCAGAGACCUGUCUGUUGGUCUGUGUUGACAGACUUCGGUUGCUAAUCGCACUCUAACACGGCGGCUGCGUAUCCAAACUGGAAACGGAAGAAAAAGUAUGAUAUGAUUCAAAUGAUGUCGUUCAUUGUGUUGCUGCAAGACGUCCUGACAGAGAAAUGGGAAAGAGUUCAGUGCAGACCUGCCCGCUAGUAAACUGGCUGACUCAACCUUCCGUCCCUCCAUGCCCAAGUUGAGAUGCCUUACAGACUUAAAGGGGGGUAGACAGCCGGGGAAAGACAAGGAGGUCAGAAGACGUGAUCAGGAUGCAAACUAGAACUGUACUUGGGAUACAGGGCAGUGACUGGGAUUAACAUAAAGCUGGAGCUCUCCCUGAUUGUUGCUCAGCCUCACCAAGCCUGACUAGCAGCCUGUGGAAUGAGGCAGGUAAACGGCUGAGAUGCCUUGCGUAGAGGAGCACGGUGGACAGCAGCGACUGACCCGGAUGGAGACGCCUGCCGAACUGACGAAGUCUGAAGCGUGAGAUUUUGUUGCAACUACCUACAAUUACUGUCUCAGAGAGAGAGCCAAGCUGGUAUGGACACACCUAGACGCUAACCGAGCCAUUUUACUCUGUAGCUCUAACCUAUAGCAUUUGCAUUCAGUAGACAUGUCACAUAAAAGCAAUAAUACUAUAAUCAGUCAAAUAGUCUCAUUGUAUGGGAGCUGUGAGUCUGUCACAUGUGUAACGCAUUGAAUGCUGUGCUUUGAGGGUACAGGGGCCAUAACACACUUCACACACAGAAUUUUCUUUACGGCGACAACCUUGCUCUAUGUGCUUACGAACAGAUAUUGUACAGUUGUAGUGCUGUCCCCUCUGUUACCCAAUGCCCUUUGUGUGAAAUCUCAGGAUGUAGGCUUUGUUCUGUUUUCUCUGACAAAAGGGAAACUGAGAAAAUGGAGCACAGUUUGGAACUGAGAGUGCCGUUUAAGAAAGACGUGCAGAAUAAAGGGAAAACGUGAGAGCGAAAUUGAUAAGGGCAACAAAAACUUCAAGUGAAGCAGUGUGCCAGUGUUACGGAGAACUUGGAGUUUGUACUUGAGUUUCUUCGUUAUUGAAGACAAGUUAGCGUCAUCAACCCCUCGCAACACCAGGUAUCAUUUUCUUACUGAAGAAUGGGAUUUUUUUUGCCUUUGUAAAAUCAGUUCAGUAGGUUGAGAUCAACAUUGCUGAUCUGAGGUUGCUGUAGUCCCUUUGCUUAGGUCUAAAUCCAUAAGUUAUUAACAGAAGCCAUGUCAGAUCAGUCAUUUUAUACUUUGAUUGGAAUUUUGGUAUAAAAACGAGUUUGUUCUAGUAUAAUACUAGUUUUUAGUCCAUAAAUCCUGGUGUAUUUAAUGCAAAAAGCAGAGUGCCUCCUGUAGUUGGGCUGGAUCAAUGGUCAGAUCACCAAACAAAAACUCCAGUUUUGGUUUGAUUUCCAGAACGUCUUGGUCUUUUUUUUUUUCCUUGAUCUCGUUGGGGUAUAGGGUUGAUCAACAAUUGCCCUAAAAUAACUAGGUACAAAAAUGCCCUGAGAGAGAUGCAACAGUUUAAUAGAUGAUUGCUUUCUGAGAUAGUAUCCUACAUAUUCCCAGGAUGGGAUUUCCCAAAGGCACCUUUGAAGAUCCUUUUGCAAUGAAGGACAUACUUCAAGAUGCUAGGCUCCUGCUUCGAUGUCCCUCAGCCAAUCCCUCCAUGCAACAGAUACCCAGUAUUUUUGAACUGGCACUUGUUGGAUGGGUAAUAUUUAACCACGAGGACGCUAUCUUUAAGCAUCUUCAAGCACUUAGUACACAGUUUUGGAGCACUUUGAAUGGAAAUGUUAUUGCCUUGGCUAUAGACAAAGCUUACGUCAUGGACAAGUGGGUGGUUCUGGUGCUUUUGGGAAAUCCAGCCCUGUUCAGUCUGUGAGUCCUGUCUUCUGUUACUUAGUCUACCUGUGGAUGCUGCUGUUGCUGCUACGUGUUCUAAUUAGUAUGUACAUAAUGUAAACCAUCUUGAAGAUAGCAACUAGCACUACAGAUCCCACUGUAUGUACAUGGCCAUCCCUUUUUUUUGUACAGAUAUUUGUAUGUAUAAAAGACUGAAUAAAAAUUGUGCAACAUUUUUAAUUAAAAAAGAGACAAAAAUCACAUGUAUUAUAUUAUUUUGAAUUAUAUUUGUCAGCUUUGUUUUUUUUUCUACAAUAAAAAGGCAAUUAUGAUUACAUUAUUUAUUUGUUAACAUUAUACAGCGCAUUGUUGACUUUUUUGUGGGGGAGCAUAGAGUAAAUUAUGUGUCAGUGCUGUCUGUGUUUUGGUUUUUCGAUUUACUUUAUAAACCUGAGACAUCUGAAAGAGCAAUACUGUUAUGAACCCUAUAUCCAGAUCCCUAAUUUUCUGUCUCAAGACUGAUCCGUGUGUCUGUGUGAGAGUUUAUGUGUGCAAAUGUAGAUGGCCUUGUCUACUAAUGUAAAAUGAUUUGUAGUGGAAACAUUUAUAUUUUUAUAAUAAAUAUUCGCAAAAUAUUUUCCAAAAAAUGGAUGAUGAUA